AUGUUCAAUUACUUAAAGCCUUAAUUAUAUUAUCAGAAUAGAAUAACAGUGUAAUGAUAUUUCUUAUUUAGAUUAAACUUUUAUUUCAAUAUUCGCCACACCCCAUUCUACUUACUAAUUACUAAAGUGAAUAAAUUAAAUAUAUAUUAAUGGAAUUCUUCAUAUAUGGAUCUCAUAGUGGAUUUCUCACAAGAAACUUGUUUGAAUGCUUUAUUAUUUUAAGAGAAUUCUAUAAUAGUUGACUGCUACAAUUUGACCUACUUAAAUAUGUAUGUAAAUCAGGAGAAUUUUGGACUGUUGCUUACUCCACAAUAGUUCAAUAAAUACCAAAAAAAAAGAACGCAAUCAUUUACUAGUAAUUAAAUUUACUCUAUUCUUUAUGCUUAGUACUAUGAUGACGAUUAAAUUUUAACUUAGUUUCAAUUUGAUCACUAUUUAUUAUUCAAUAUAUCCAACUGGAAAUUAUCAUUUAUAAACUUUAUAGUUUCAAAUAGAUUGCAAUCUCAAAAUACAAUUUACUUAUGGGAUGAUUAAACUUUACAUCUAGUAAAUUAACUUAAUAAGGGUAGAACUUAACAAAUAGUUAUCAUUUUAAAUUAAAUUGUGGCAGUUUAAUUAUUCAACCCAUAAAGAGUAUUUUAAGAAUAUAAUACGUUAUUAGUGGGCCGAAUCACGAUCUAUUAUUCAAUAAUAUGUAAUUAAACAGUUUAAGAAACAAAAUAAAUAAGCAGCCUUUGGGAUAAUUUGAAUCCUUUAUUCCAAUCCUUCUUAAGUAAUUAGUUCUUAAUAGUAUAAUUAUUUGAUCUAAUACAGAUUUAUGAAAAUAUCAACCUUAAAUUUAAAUUAAUCGGAGCAAUUACUUUCAAGUCCUAAUCUACUUAAGUCCAAUUAUAAUAAAUAUGA